AUGAGAGAGGAGGGGACGCGACGAGAGAGGAGGGGACGCGACGAGAGAGGAGGGGACGCGACGAGAGAGGGACAGGAGGAGAGCAUCCUCGUCCCUUCCCAGCAUCCCCCUUUCCCUUCCCAGCAUCCCCCUUUCCCUUUCCCGCAUCCCCCUUUCCCUUUCCCGCAUCCCCCUUUCCCUUUCCCGCAUCCCCCUUUCCCUUUCCCUCAUCCCCCUUUCCCGUUCCCUCAUCUCAUACACACCCUCGGUUUCCUUCCAUGCCUCACCUCAGUUUCCUCUCAUGCCUCACCUCAGUUUCCUCUCAUGCCUCACCUCAGUUUCCUCUCAUGCCUCACCUCAGUUUCCUCUCAUGCCUCACCUCAGUUUCCUCUCAUGCCUCACCUCAGUUUCCUCUCAUGCCUCACCUCAGUUUCCUCUCAUGCCUCACCUCAGUUUCCUCUCAUGCCUCACCUCAGUUUCCUCUCAUGCCUCACCUCAGUUUCCUCUCAUGCCUCACCUCAGUUUCCUCUCAUGCCUCACCUCAGUUUCCUCUCAUGCCUCACCUCAGUUUCCUCCCAUGCCUCACCUCAGUUUCCUCUCAUGCCUCACCUCAGUUUCCUCUCAUGCCUCACCUCAGUUUCCUCUCAUGCCUCACCUCAGUUUCCUCCCAUGCCUCACCUCAGUUUCCUCUCAUGCCUCACCUCAGUUUCCUCCCAUGCCUCACCUCAGUUUCCCCACUUGUCUCCCCUCUGCUUCCCCACUUCCCGCCCACCUGUUGAUGUGCUUGUUUCAGCAUGGCGCCACAAAGAACCACAUACCUGCAGCGGCCUUGCGAAUGUGGUAGGUGGAGGUAGUGUGCAGCAGGAAGACCGAGUGGUGCCACUCUCCACGAUAUCUCCACCGUUUGAUUCCCCCCGCGCGGUACAUCUGCUCGCCCUCCCGCUCAUUGUUCACCAGCGCCACCCCACACACGCGCACACCGCAGACCUCGAUUCACCGCAUGAGGUCGGCGGGGCUACAGGAGGAGCUGCUGCGAUAUGGCGAAGCCACCUCGUCGCAGGGGAGGCAGCGGAACGAGAUGCGGGGAAUCUUGGCGGGGAUGCCGGAAACGGAGAGGCUCUAGGGCUAGGAUUCGGGACGAGAGACGACGGCGGGGCACGCCCUGUAUCUUCUGGCGGCGGGUCAGAAGGGGGAAGUGGGUCGUGGGCAUGGAGGGGAGGGGAGCCAAGCGGUGGGGAUGGUGGCGGGUGGGCAGGAGGAGGAGGAGGAGGUAAGGGAGGUGAGGACCUGGGGAUCGCGGCCCUGUUGGGGAACAUUGAGGCGCCGAGAGGGGAGGAAAGGCAGGGAAAAGGGAGGGGGGGUAAGCAGCUGGGAGGUGGAGGAAGGAGCGGUGUUCAAAACAAGCGGGUUGGGGCUGAGAUUCCACCUUCCAACAUAGGGUACCAGCUGCUUCAAAAGGCUGGCUGGCAUGAGGGUCGAGGGCUGGGAGUUGCAGAACAGGGUCGUCUCGAUCCAGUCCCCCCGUCGCUCAAAUUCGACAAGGUUGGUCUUGGCGGUCCCUCCUCUUCACACUUCCCCUUCUCCUCGCGGUCUCAGUCAGCCCCUACUCUCUCUCACACACCCCGCCCUGGGGUCGGCCAACCACACACUGCACAAGCCACAACUGGUGUUGCUGACCCAGGCUUCUCCCGUGCCGUCACUGCUGCUCUUGACAAUGAUCUUGAUGUUGGGGCUGGCGCUAGUGCUUCUGAUGCCGAUGGGGGCAAGAGUAGAAGUGCAAGGCGGCGACAAAAGAAACAGAAGACAGGGCAGCAAGCAGAGAAUGAGCAGAUGUUGCAGCAGUGGCUGUAUCGGGAGUUUUUUCCUGAUAAUGUGUAG